AUGUCCUCUUCUUCGAUAAUCGUUUUUGUUAUUCAAAUUCUUGUUCUCUUUUCACUCUCUUGGGAGACGGCAACUUCAAAAACAAUUGAAGGAAGAGCUCUUGUGAAGUGGAAGAACACCUUAUCCAAUAAUACUCAUGAUGUUCUUGGUUCAUGGUCAAUUGCAAACCUUGACAACAUUUGCUGGAAUUGGACAGGCAUCAACUGCACCAAUGCUGGAGCUGUUAAUGAGAUAAACCUGGAAAGUUGUAACCUCUCAGGUACACUUGAAAGCUUUGAUUUCACUUCAUUUCCAAACCUUACCCUUUUGAGCCUCCAAAACAACAACUUUGUAGGUUCAAUUCCAUAUGCUAUUGCUAAUCUCUCCCAAUUAGUUUUCUUGGACCUUAGUUGGAACUCUUUUGAAAAUUUUAUACCAACAGAGAUUGGAAGAUUAACAAAGCUCGAAUCCUUGAGCCUUGCAGGAAACAAACUCAAUGGUACUAUUCCACCCCAAAUAAGCCACCUUCACCACCUUCUUUCCCUCUCCCUAUAUUCAAAUUUUUUGACUGGCCAAAUUCCAGAAGCAAUAUUCUCUAAUUUGACUAGGCUUAAAUAUUUCAGUUGUGAGAGAAAUCUAUUCCAAGGACCAUUUCCACCAAAUUUGAUCAAUCUAUCCCAACUUGAAGCCCUUAACCUAGAUGAAAACCUUUUCUUUGGUUCAAUACCUGCUACAAUUGGAAAACUAAGUUCACUAAGGUUUAUUUCUUUCAGCCACAACAUGUUGCAUGGAACUAUUCCUGAAACACUAUGCAAUCUUCACUUUCUUGAAGAUCUCUAUUUAGAUGACAAUAAGUUGGGUGGUCUAGUUCCGCAAUGCCUAGGAAAUAUAUCCUCAUUAAGAUUUCUUUAUCUCAAUUUCAACAACAUGCAAGGAACUAUUCCUGAAACACUAUGCAAUCUUCACUUCCUUGAAGUUCUCUACUUAUCUGAAAAUAGUUUGGAUGGUGUAAUUCCACAAUGCUUAGGAAAUCAGACCUCAAUGCUAUAUAUUUCCCUUGGUUCCAACAUCUUGCAUGGAAAUAUUCCUCAAACACUGUGCAAUUUUCACUCCCUUGAACGUCUCAACCUUAAUAAUAAUAGUUUGUCAGGUUUGAUUCCCUCAUGCUUGGAAAAUGUAACCUCACUAAGAUAUCUAUCUCUUGGUUCCAACAUCCUGGGAGGAAGUAUUCCUCAAACAUUGUGUAAUAUUUACUCCCUUGAAAUUCUCUCCGCACAUAGUAAUAGUUUGAGAGGUCUGAUUUCUCCCUGCAUAGGAAAUGUAACCUCCAUAAAAUAUCUUUCCCUUAGCCAUAACAGGCUACAAGGACAUAUUCCAAGAGCACUAUGCAAUCUUUAUUCUCUUGAAGGUCUCUCAUUAUCUUACAAUAGUUUGGAAGGCCAAAUUUCACAAUGCUUAGGAAAUGUAACCACACUAGGAUAUAUUUCUCUUCGGUCCAACAAGCUGCAAGGAAAUAUUCCUAGAGGACUAUGCAAUCUUGAGUCCCUUGAAGUGUUGAUUUUAUCCAACAACUAUUUGGGAGGUACAAUUCCACAAUGCAUAGGAAAACUAAAAGUUUUAAGAACUUUACUAGUUUCUAAAAACUUGCUUAGUGGAACAAUACCUCAAACUCCAACAGUUCAAAAUGGCACAGGAUUGUGCAGUUUGAGUUUCCUAAAAUUUCUAGAUCUAUCCAAUAACAAUUUGCAUGGUCCACUACCUUUAUGUCUGGGGAACUUCAGUAGGGAACUUGAGGUUAUAAAUUUAGCUAGAAAUCAACUACAUGGAACUAUUCCAGAAGCAUGCACAAAUGGCAACAAUUUGUUGUAUUUCAAUUUGAAUGACAAUCACUUGGAAGGGACAUUGCCACAAGGCUUGGAAAAUUGCAGCUUUCUGGAAGUUCUAGAUUUUGGAAACAACAAGAUUGCUGAUACAUUUCCUCACUGGUCAGGUGUUCUUCCCAAUUUGCGUGUUCUUGUGCUGAGAUCUAAUCACUUUUAUGGUACAAUAUACUCUUCUAAGACUAGACUUCCCUGUCGAAAGCUACACACAUUUGAUAUCUCAAACAAUGAGUUCACUGGUCCUCUACCAAGACAUUAUAUGGAGAAUUUUGAAGCUAUGAAGCAUGCAAAUGAUGGUGAAAUAUUAGAAUAUUAUGAAUUGAAAGGAGAUUUUUUGUUAACAAGCCCAUUAUUGUCAAAAGGAGAUGAUUUGUCAACAAGUUCACCAGGGUGGAAUGGGUAUGAUUUGUCAAUAAGCCUAGUGUGGAAAGGGAAGGAAGUUCAAGUGGUGUAUUAUGAUAUCUGCACAAUAUUUGAUUUAUCCAACAACAACUUCCAUGGUGAGGUUCCAAGAUCUUUAGGAAACCUUCGUUUCAUUCGGUUUCUUAACCUAUCUCACAAUCAACUUACUGGCAAUAUUCCGUCAUCACUGGGAAAUAUAAUUGAUCUUGAGGUACUCGAUCUGUCAUCAAACAAACUAGUAGGUGAAAUUCCAGAACAACUUUCAAGAUCGUUGACAUUUCUCGCUGUACUGAAUCUUUCUUAUAAUAAUUUUUCUGGUCAUAUACCUAAUGGCCCACAGUUUAACACAUUUAGCAAUGAUUCCUAUUUGGGAAACGUGGCUCUAUGUGGAUUUCCACUCACUUUACAAUGCCAAGAUGGAGGUGAAGGGCAAGCACCAAAUGUGGAGGACUCUCAAAAUUUUUGGAUUGGAUUUGGUUGGCAAAGUGUUGUUGUUGGAUAUAGCUGUGGCAUACCAUUUGGUAUUGCCAUAGGAUAUCUCUUAUUUAAGUAUGGAAAAUUGGGAUGGCUUAUAAGGUUAGUACUUGGGCGCUAA